ACGUGCUGCAAUGAUGUAUGUUCCCAUUCUUCUUCUCUAUCUAUCUGCUCUUGUCUUUUCUGUCUCAAUUGAUUGUCCUCCAUGCCUCCCUGAUUCCUGUAUUCCAGUCUAUUGUAGACACGUGUACACGGACCAGUGUGGCUGCUGCCCUUAUUGUGCCAGGAAUGAGACAGAUCCUUGUGGUGGUACCAUUAACUACUGGGGCUCGUGUAAACCCGGUUUAAAGUGUGUCUAUAGACUGGGGAGGGUGUUUAAUGAGGAGAGAAUGGGAUUCUGUGAGACAGUAGAUUCAUGUUCUGCUCAUUCCUGUGGUUACCGUCAGUACUGUACAGAGACACACAAUAAAGUCACAGGUGGCAGAGAACUGAGCUGCAAAUGUCCUUUUUAUAACUGCACAGCAACAGGCAAUGCCACAAGGAGCAAUGAGACUGUGUGUGGUAAUGAUGGAAUCACUUAUUCUAGUAAAAACUGCCUGUGGAAGGAAGAAUGCAAGAGAGGUAGUGUCAUUGGUAUCAGACAUAAUGGAAAUUGUACCUCUUUUGCUGAUGAUCAGUCCAUCAUUGAUGGAGGAGCUUAUAAAAGAAUUAUUGUAACCGUUACACAUAAGCCUGAUAAAUGUAUGUAUAGGGACAAGAUAUAUCUUAUUGGAGAGAGUAUUGAUAAUCAAGACCCGUGCAUCAUAUUGAAUUGUGUUAGAAAUGGUGCUGUACUAGCUACACCUGUACCUGGCUGUGGAGAUAAUCCUCCUGAUCUAUUAUAACUAUACCUUAUAUUCACUACUUGUGUAUGUGUAAAAUUGUGUAUCUAUUUUAAUCAUUUCUCUU